UCUGCAGCUUGCUGGCUCUCUCUUUCUCCCUCUCUGUCUCACUCUCUCUCUUUCUCUCCCUCUCCUAUCGGAGCACAAUGAAAGCCUGUGUAUCGCCGUGACUUGGGGCAGUGGAGCCAGUGGUCAGCAAAGCGGCUAACAACAGACGGGAAAGAGAAAGGAAAAUACAAGCUACUUUUUUCCCCCAUCUAUAAAGCGGAGCAAUACAAGAGAUAGAAGCACAUUGCUUAUUGCGAGUCCAGACCCUCAGAUCCACUGGCUGGGAUGGAAUGUACAAAAGUGGACAGAAAAGUGUCUGGACGUGACUCGGUGAAAUUUGCUGGAAGUUUGUAAGUUUGACCAUCGUUUGUAAAUUACUCUCGGAAGAGUUUGUCUCUCUUGAUACUGUAUUAGAAUAGAGCUGGGGGUGAGGAAUAGAAACGUAAGCGGGAGGGGGGAAAUGUGUUGAAGGAUCUUUCUCAGUGGCUAGUGACUUCAGACUGCCUUCAUUUAAGGCUAGGAAACAGAGGGAAUGAGGAUUUCACCGGUGAUUGGAUUAGCUGAAGAGAAAAGCAUGGUCCAAAAGUCCAGUUACUGACAUUGUUAACAAUUGAGAAGCCGUUUCCCUCUUUUGGGAGAAGACAUCCCACUGUCCCCAAAGAGGAGAAAACACCGGAGCGAAAGGAAAGGGAGGAGAAAUUAAAAGCCAAAAGACAGUCUCUCUUGAUUUUUGUGUUUUCAACACUGACUUCAAAAACCUUCUAAAACAGCACUUAUUUUUUAACCCGAGGAAAAGUAAAGGCUGCGGGUUACAUAGACCGGGUAGCAAUGCGUUUCUCAACAGAAACAUCUCCGUAAAGAAUUUCUGAAACAACUAGGUGAGGGGGAGUCCAGCUCUCUAUUAAUACCUCUCUCAAUUCCCUUUGCUGGCUCUUUCUGUCUCUGGCUUGACAAUCCCUGAAUUCUUGCUCUAACCCCCACAUUGUAGGUUGACACAGUACCUAGUGGCUCUCGUCAGCUUGGUGGGGGUGGGGGGACCCCGCCAACUCUGUCCAACUUCUCUAGAGCUGUCAAAUGCAAUCCGAGUAAGUUGAUCAGGGUUCGUUUCCAACUUAUCCUCUGCAAUUAGUUUCUAUUCGUGUUCCUCAUCCUCUUUUUACCAACGCCCCUCCCCCACACCUCCUCCACCGCACCCCCAACCUCUGAAGACCUCUAUUCAUGUGGCCCUGAACACUGAGCUCACAUUGUCAAAACAGAUUUUCCUGCAAUAGCCAGCAGUAGCCUCCUUCCACCUCACCAUCCCAGAGGCAGCAAUCAUUGUGUCCACCAAGAUGGGGGACACAGCGCCCCCACAGGCCCCCACAGGAGGGCUAGGAGGGGCCCCUGGGGCGGGGCUCCCUGGAGGGGGUUCAGUCACCCCAAGAGUGCACAGUGCUAUUGUGGAGCGCCUCCGGGCUCGGAUCGCCGUCUGCCGCCAGCACCACCUGAGCUGUGAAGGACGCUAUGAACGUGGUAGAGCUGAGAGCUCAGACCGGGAGAGAGAGAGCACCUUGCAGCUCCUGAGCCUUGUCCAGCAUGGCCAGGGGGCAAGGAAGACUGGCAAACAUACCAAGGCCACUGCGGCUGCUGCCACCACUGCAGCCCCUCCACCGCCCCCUGCUGCCCCGCCUAUAGCUUCCCAAGCGUCAGCGACAGCAGCCCCACCGCCCCCACCAGACUAUCACCAUCACCACCAGCAGCACCUGCUGAACAGUAGCAAUAGUGGUGGUGGUAGUGGGAUCGAUGGAGAGCAGCAACCACCAGCUUCAACCCCGGGAGACCAGAGGAACUCAGCCCUGAUUGCGCUCCAGGGUUCCUUGAAAAGAAAACAGAUAGUUAACCUGUCUCCUGUCAACAGCAAGAGGCCCAAUGGAUUUGUCGACAACUCGUUCCUUGAUAUCAAAAGAAUCCGUGUUGGGGAGAACCUCCCUGCAGGACAAGGGGGCCUCCAAGUAAAUAAUGGACAAAGUCAGAUUAUGUCGGCGACCUUGCCCAUGAGCCAAGCAACCCUGAGAAAGACUAACAAUCUGCCUCCCCAUACACAUUCUCCUGGCAAUGGCAUGUUUAACAUGGGCUUAAAAGAAGUGAAGAAGGAACCAGGAGAGACUCUGUCUUGCAGUAAGCACAUGGAUAACCAAAUGACCCAGGAGAAUAUUUUUCCUAACAGGUACGGAGAUGACUCUGGAGAGCAACUGAUGGAUCCUGAACUGCAGGAACUGUUCAAUGAACUGACCAACAUAUCUGUGCCUCCUAUGAGUGACCUUGAGCUGGAGAACAUGAUCAAUGCUACCAUAAAGCAGGAUGAUCCAUUUAACAUUGACUUGGGGCAGCAAAGCCAGAGGAGCACUCCCAGGCCCUCCUUGCCUAUGGAGAAGACAGUGAUCAAAAGUGAAUACUCCCCUGGUCUGACCCAGGGUCCGUCAGGCUCUCCUCAGUUGAGGCCACCAUCAACUGGCCCUGUAUUCUCCAUGGCCAGCUCGGCUCUGUCCACUUCAUCCCCAGUUCCUUCAGUCCCUCAGAGCCAGGCUCAGCCUCAGACAGCCUCAGGGGCAAGCCGGGCCCUGCCAAGCUGGCAGGAAGUAUCCCAUGCCCAACAACUCAAACAGAUAGCUGCCAACCGUCAGCAGCAUGCCCGGAUGCAGCAGCACCAGCCUACUAACUGGUCAGCCUUGCCCUCUCCUGCUGGGCCAUCUCCAGGUCCAUUUGGACAGGAGAAAAUCCCAAGCCCUUCUUUUGGUCAGCAGCCAUUCAGCCCCCAGAGCUCCCCCAUGCCUGGGGUAGCCAGUGGCAGCAGCCAGCCGAAAGUCAUGGCUAACUACAUGUAUAAGGCCAGCCCCUCGGCCCAGGGAGGGCACCUGGAUGCACUCAUGCAGCAGAAGCCUCAGGAUCUCAGUCGAAAUUUUAUUAACAGCUCACACACAGCCAUGGAGCCCCGUCUUGGCAACACCAAGCCUUUGUUCCAUUUUAACUCAGAUCAAGCAAACCAACAGAUGCCUUCUGUUUUGCCUUCUCAGAACAAGCCUUCUCUCCUACACUACACGCAGCAGCAGCAGCAGCAGCAGCAGCAGCAGCAGCCACAGAGCUCAAUUUCAGCUCAGCAGCAACAACAGCAGCAGCAGCAGCAACGACAACAACAGCAGCAGCAGCAGCAGCAACAGCAGCAACAGCAGCAGCAGCAGCAGCCACCACCCCCACCCACCCAACCUCUGUCAAACCAGCCUUUGCUAAGGUCGCCCUUGCCACUUCAGCAAAAGAUCCUGCUUCAGAAAAUGCAGAAUCAGCCUAUCACGGGACUGGGAUAUCAAGUCUCCCAACAACACAGACAGAUGUCCCUUCCUGUUCAUGCGCAGUGCCAGAUGCCCCAAACUCUACAUCUAGUUUGCAACCAAGAGAACAAACUCAAAGAUCAACACUCUGUGGUAGGCCAGAACACAGGCCCCAGUCCAAGUCCUAACUCCUGUUCAAAUCCAAACACUGGAAGUGGUUACAUGAACUCCCAGCAAUCACUGCUGAAUCAGCAAUUGAUGGGAAAGAAACAAACUCUACAGAGGCAGAUCAUGGAGCAGAAACAGCAACUUCUCCUGCAGCAGCAGAUGCUGGUGGAUGCGGAGAAAAUUGCUCCACAAGAUCAGAUAAACAGACAUUUGACAAGGCCACCCCCAGAUUAUAAAGACCAAAGAAGAAAUGUGGGUAACAUGCAACCAACUGCCCAGUAUUCUGGUGGCUCAUCAACAGUGAGUUUAAACUCUAACCAGACUUUGGCAAACCCAGUCUCAACACACAGCAUUUUAACUCCAAACUCCAGCCUCAUGUCUACUUCCCAUGGAACAAGAAUGCCAUCGUUAUCCACAGCAGUUCAGAACAUAGGGAUGUAUGGAAACAUGCCAUGCAACCAACCUGGCACAUACAGCAUCUCUUCAGGAAUAAAUCAGUUGACCCAGCAGAGGAACCCAAACCAACUGAUAACAAAUCAGAACAACCCUCUAAUGCCACGGCCACCUAACUUAGGGCCAAGUAGUAAUAAUAAUGUGGCCACUUUUGGAGCUGGACCUGUUGGCAAUUCACCACAACUGAGACCAAAUUUAACCCAUACUAUGGCAAGCAUGCCAGCACAGAGAACAGCGAAUGUAAUGAUCACAUCCAACACAACAGCACCUAACUGGGCCUCCCAAGAAGCAACAGCCAAACAGCAGGAAGCCCUGAAGUCCACAGGAGUCCGCUUCCCCACAGGUACACCUGCAGCCUAUACUCCAAACCAAUCAUUGCAACAAGCAGUGGGUAGCCAACAAUUUUCCCAGAGGGCAUUGGCUCCUCCUAAUCAGAUAACACCAGCAGUGCAAAUGAGACCCAUAAACCAAAUGGGCCAGACAUUGAAUGGACAAACCAUAGGUCCACUCAGAAGUCUGAAUCUCAGACCCAAUCAGCUAAGCACACAGAUUUUACCCAAUUUGAACCAGUCAGGAACGGGGCUGAGUCAGUCAAGGACAGGCAUAAGCCAGCCACCGUCUCUGACACCUGGCAGUUUUCCUUCACCCAACCAAAGUUCAAGGGCUUUUCAAGGAACUGACCAUGGCAAUGACUUAGCUUUUGACUUUCUCAGCCAACAGACUGAUAACAUGGGCCCUGCCCUAAACAGUGAUGCUGAUUUCAUUGAUUCUUUAUUGAAGACAGAGCCUGGUAAUGAUGACUGGAUGAAAGACAUCAAUCUUGAUGAAAUCUUGGGGAACAACUCCUAAAAGAGAAAAGGGAGACAAUUCACCAACUCCAAGCACUAAAAGGCAGUAUUUUACAUGGAUUCUGGAAAGGCUAACAGUUGACUUUUAGUAGGACUACCUGAAGGUACCACGGCUUAAAAGUGGAAAGCAGAAAGUAACUAUGUGGAUGAACGUUUUGGUCCAAAAUGCUCAUUUUAAAUCUCAAACCUGAAAGUAAAACAUUGGGAUCACUUCUCCCUGUCUAAACUCCAGGACACAGUAUCUAAUUUAUCCAAACAGAACUGUGAUGUUGAUGUGUAAUUAGCUGUGUAAAAUAGGCUCCCCAAGCUCCUCUUCUCCUUGAAAAAAAAGUAAUACAACUUUUAGCUUGUUUAAACCCCAUGUCAUGCAGAGGUAUUAGUUCCAAUUAACAAACAACAAAUUCCUUAAUUUGCUCUAAUAGAUAUGUGUGGUUUCAUCUGUCCACUUUAUCUUUUCAUUUAGUUUCCCCAAAACACCCUAGAUUGAAAUGUUACAGGUAUGGAGUAACCAAACACUGUCUGAAGUAAAGAAAAGCUGGAGAAACUAGAGGACACCCAGUGAAUUGUUGAAUACCUUCCCCAGAUUCACCGCUCACUUUUUCAGUUUUCCCACCUAUCCUCUACUUCAGUAAGAUGCUGUAUUUAGUGAUGAGACAUGAAUGCAAGCUGUCCAACUCUGUCUGGGCUUCUACAACCAAUUUCCAUGUCUAUUUCCAAGUCUUAGAUGCAAUCACAACUUGUCCAAGUCAUACUGAAAUAUUACUGCACAUAUGUCUGGAUCAGGCUUCACUAUUUAAAAAAGAAGAAAGCACCCCAUUGGACAUUGCUGUCUAGGAGCUUUAUUUGGCCACAGAUAACAUGGGGUAUUGUGUAUUAUAAUGGCCCCUGCUGGUUAGUUCCCAAGCUGAGUGAAAUUGGGUCUGGUCCUCCCUGAUUAUUUUGAUGACCAGAGACUGAUUGGUAAGAAAAGAAAGUUUGGACGUCAAAACUGAGGUUAGAAGGUAUCAUGUUUUGGUUGAAGACAAGAAGCAAAAGAUCAGACCAGGGAUGGUGGGUAUGGGUGGGUACAAGUCUACUUUGUAGGCUUUGAAGGAAAGCAUAACUGAGAGAGAAAAUAAUCUGUCCUUAUUUGGACAUAUUGUAUCGGUAAACAGCUACAUGGAGUGUGACCUGUUAGUACCAGCAGUCUAUUCAUUCUUCUGUCCCUGAAGUGAUGAGUCAUUGCCACGUGCUAGAUGGACCCUUUGUAUCCAAGUUUUCUCCCUCAGGGUUCAGCACUGUAUCAAAGAAAGAGUUGGUGAGUCAUGUAACCUCAGUGCCCACAUACAGAUCAGCUGUGACAUGGGGAAGCUGUGUGCUGAUUUGAGAUGAAUGCGAAAUAUCACUAUCGUUUUCCUCAUUACAGAGGAACACAGGUUAGCUUCAGCUUUUUAGUUACAGGUGUAUACUCACAUAUUCAAUUAUUAAAUGUAAUUUAACUGAAGUCAUUUAAUAACUAAAACUUUAAGUAUCUGUUCUUAAAAAAACACAUUUUGACAGUUCUGAAGAACCCUCUCCUAAUCUUUAAAAUGUCUAGAAGCACUCUUUUUUACACAAUACCAACAUCAGUGGCCCAGAAUCUUUUCUGUGCUAGGUUGUAAAUAUGAAUAAAUUACUUGUUUUGUAAACUUUUGUAAAGAAUAUUUUGGUAGAAAUACUUAAAACAUAUUCUUUGGGUUAUAUUUAUACUUAUGUGAAAUAAAUAUACUAUCAAAAGGUUAUAUUUUAUACAAAAAGUAAAUUGUUACCUUUUGUAUGCUAAUAUACAAAGUUUUGUAUAAUAUGAUGGUUUAUUUUUAGCUCUACACUUAAUCCAUAGGUUGUCAAGUGGAAACUUUUAAAAACUAUCAAGAAGCUUGUUAGACAAAUUUAUAUUCUGAAACCUCAAUAAGAAAGCAUUCCAGGUUUCAAUCUUUCCUUUUUUUAAUUGUUCUGAAAUUCUUUUUUAAACCCAUAGUUCUUGUGUCUUGUUUGAUUAUUCUGCUGUGCACAUUGUAUUGGUCCUUGUUGCAUGUGGUCCUACUGUGUGUUUUCCCAUUUUAUAGAACAGUGUUUCUCCAUGCAAAAAUGUAAGGAAAAAGUAUGUACAUAUAAACACUUUUAUUUUAUAGCUCCUCCAUGUUACUGUAUAUAUCUGCCAGCACUUCCCAGUUACACGCCCAUGAUUCAGCUUAUUUUUACCCUAACAUAAAUAGUUCGUUUUGUAGUAGGUAUCAAAUUUAAGAGAUAAAGCAAUCAAAAUGUUUGGAUUUUCUUCUAUCUUAAUGUGAAUUUUAUAAUUGAUGUCUAUUUAUUCAGCUAUUCAUUAAAAUACAGGAUUCUUUGGAAAAAAUGGUGUAGUCUAUAGUUUCUGUUUGUUGGCAGCCUAUUACCAAAGAUGACGUAAUUUUCCUGAAAGCUGAGAGAAUGACAACUUGAUAGACAUAUGUAGCCAAAACUUUACAAUUUACAAGGUAAAAGCUAUUGGAAUACGAUCUCUCAUUUACAGAAAUGCCAGGCUUCUUAAUUGUCGGCAUUAUUUCACAUUCUGACAAUAUUAUAAAGGACGUAGAAGUAAUUUUUCUUUUUUAAUUCAAAGACUAGAAAGCAGUUUAAGCAAAUAAUUCAUUCUUGGCUUUGUGUUAAGCCCAAUGAAGAUAAAUAACUCUGCUCUAAGUGAAUACACUAAUAUACUUGCAUUACUGUAACUGUACCCAUAAGUGUAAAGAUUUCAACUUGUAAAACAAGUAUUUUGUAUUGUGUGUAAUUUCAAGUGUUAAAAAAUAGUUUUUAAAAAUUCAAAAGUGGUUAUCUUGUAUGAAAUCAUAAUCUCAAAUGUUGUUGCUACAUCACAGAAAGUUCUGAGAACUAUUAAUAGUGAUGGGCAAAUUUACUUUGUUUCUAACACUAGUGAAAUACUGACUUGUCUCAUUUUAACAUUCUUUAGUUCAUCAGAACGUUUGUAUUAAGACCCUUUAUACACAGCACCUACUAAGAAAUGGAGGAAAAUUGCCUAAUUCUCAGGCAUGAUGGGCCUUUGUGUGGCCUCUUGUGUAGCGCCUAGUCAGACAGGCUGAGUGAACACUGGGCCAGGUCAACACAGCCUCACUGAGCAUCAUUACACAGUUCUUCCUGAGAGUUACAGAGGUUGAGGGAAAGAUGGGACUUUGUAGGAGGCAUAGGGAACAUUCUAACCAAAUUUUGACCAACUGUAUUGCCAGGGUUCCAUUGUUUCUUUCCCCACCGCAAAAAAGAUGUAUGACAUUAUCCUUUUUAUUAGUAUUAUUAAUGGAGCAAUAAUAAAAAUUGACAUUUAUAUAGUUGCUGUCUAAUGACUCUGAAAGUUGGAUAGUAAAGAAAUAAAAUCAAUAUCAAUAAAUACCUACUAAUAAAGAGAAAGAAAUAUGUAA